AUGUGUACUAGAUGGCCGCCAAUCUAUGCGACCGUCUAUAACUUGGUCGACUCUGCUCAUUUCUAUCUAUCUAUCUAUCUAUCUAUCUAUUCAUCUAUCUAUCUAUCUAUCCAUCUAUCUGACCGGUUCAUCAGAAAUAUCUAUCUAUCUAUCUAUCUAUCUAUCUAUCUAUCUAUCUAUCUAUCUAUUCAUUCAAGUCUAUUCCUUAUCUAUCUUUAUUCUGUUCAUUAUCUUAUCCCCUCGUUAUCUAUCUAUAUGUAUCUAUCUAUCUAUGUAAUACAGUCAUCUAUCUAUCUAUCUAUCUAUCUAUCUAUCUAUCUAUCUAUCUAUCUAGUACAAUCAUCUCACAUCUAUUCAUCUAUUUCAUUCAUCUAUCUAUCUAUCUAUCUAUCUAUCUAUCUAUCUAUACAAUAUAUUGUCACAUCUAUCUAUCUAUCUAUCUAUCUAUCUAUCUAUCUAUCUAUCUAUGUAGUACAAUAUUGUCACAUCUAUCUAUCUAUCUAUGUAGUACAAUAUUGUAACAUCUAUCUAUCUAUCUAUCUAUCUAUCUAUCUAUCUAUCUAUGUAGUACAAUAUUCUCACAUCUAUCUAUCUAUCUAUGUAUCAUUUGAUAUAUAUCUAUCUAUCUAUCUAUCUAUCUAUCUAUCUAUCUAUCUAUCUAUCUAUCUAUCUAUCUAUCUAUCUGUUGUUAUCUAUCUAUCUAUCUAUCUAUCUAUCUAUCUGUUGUCAUCUAGCUAUUUAUCUAUGUCUAUUGACAUCUAUGUCAAAUUUUCGCAUCUAUCUAUCUAUCUAUCUAUCUAUCUAUCUAUCUAUCUAUCUAUCUAUGUAAAUCUCUUGACACCUAUCUAUUUAACUAUGUCUGCUGGCAUCUAUCUAUGUAAAAUAUUCACAUCUAUCUAUAUAUCUAUGCAGAUAGAGAGAUAG